AAAAGAACAAGGUGGCCUUUUCCAGGCCCAGGACUGCCUUAUUUUGAUUGUGUUUUCCCUAAUUCAAUGGUCUGAGUGUGCAACUAGGCAUUGAUGCUGUUUUAGUUACCCUAGUACGGAGCACUCGGUUGUUCCCGAAACGCUACGUUCAACAUCAUACAACAUGCCAUGACCGAUUGAAUAUCUACCAUUUUGUUCUAUAUACCUGUUAUUUCUCUCUUUUGGCACUAUCGUAUUUUGGAUUUUUUUUUUUUUUUUUUUUUUUUGCCUCUUUUCACAAUGGAUGGCUCAUUUCCAAGCGGCUUGAACCGUCACCCAACGCAGGGCGAUCUGACGCAUCCUCAGAUGGUCAUUCCACAGUAUGGCAGGUAUAGUCCUGGUAUAUCUGUUUCCUUACAUCGUGCUCCUUCAGUGAGCAGUGUCCGCAGCAGGUCUGCGGCAGCAUCAGCAUCCCCUCCUUUGCCGCCCAGAGAAGACCUCCGCGCUUCCCGCUCAUCUCCAGGGCGGCUAUCGGUCUUUUCCCAUCUGUCUGCAAUGCAUUCAAGGCCAUCAAUGUCCCCGCCUCUUUGUAAUCCCCUUCGCUCAAAGCAGGCUCGGGAUGCAGUGGAACCAGCUGUAUCCCGAAGUCUCCCUUCUCGGGCUCUUACGGAUGAGACAAUCGAUGACGCCUUUGUCUCAUUUAUUUUCUACUGCAAUCCCAAUGUUCCUUUAUCUAUUGAUACCUCAGAGCUCCGGAAAACAUUUCGUUCUCCUCCACGUAGUGAUGGGAAAAGCUUCAGUAUCUUCACGCUUUGGGAACUAAUUCAGAAACUCGACAAGAAAGAGAUCAAGACCUGGAUUCAGUUGGCAAUUGAGCUCGGUGUAGAGCCCCCGUCGUUAGAAAAGAAACAGAGUACACAGAAGCUUCAGCAGUAUACUGUGCGACUCAAGCGUUGGAUGCGUGCUAUGCAUAUCGAUGCCUUUUUUGAAUACUGCCUUGGACAUGCUCAUCCUUACUACACACAACUUCCGCCUCCUGGUUCACUUGUGACUGAUAAUCGCGAUGGUGUACCGCCGGAAGAAGAUCUGGCUUUAAGGGCCCUAGUUCCGCAAUGGAGACCUAAGCGUGGCAGGAAACGGGCUGAAGAUAAAGAUCUGGAAGAGAGUCUCGAAGACCAAACCUCGGAGAAACGACCGCGGAUAGAUACUUCAGCGGCCAUGUUACAGCCUGUCUCGUUUCCAGGAAGCUCCACAGCAUUUCCCGCAAGUGCUAUUCCCUUCAGCCCCUAUCCAGAUGAUGUGGAGGCGAGUGACCCAUGGAUAGCUGUGACCACUACAUUUGUACCUAAUGCAGUCGCGGAUACAUCUGCUGCUGAGCAAGCGCGGGGGUUCCGGUGGCGGUCCUUGGAGCGUGAUGGGUCUCCAGUUCCCUAUGCACAAUCUGCCGCUGCUCCAAGAGGCUACCAUCCUGCCAAUGACUUCUUUUCCAAUGAGCCACGGUCAGCAACUGUUCCCUCUUCGGCGGAUAAAUCACGUAUGAAACGACGCCACGGGCCUGCGGUGUCUUCUGCUUGGUCUGGUGGCCAGAGUUCGACUGGCAAGGUUCGAGGAAGACCACCAAAUAGGACGCCUGCCGCGGGAACACCCUUUUCAUUGUUCUCGGUGAGCUCGGAUCGACCACAGCAGCCUCUGGAGGAUGCUUCUACGCUUUCCCGGGAGACAAGCACACCAGGCAAUAUUGACGAUUCAAAGGAGUGCCAUUUUCAGAAACCGAUUCAAAAACCGAGCUCUAGAUUGGAAAAACUUCAUUUGCAAGUCCCUCAACGCGUGGGUGCGCCUGUACGCCUAGCAACCCCACCUGCGUUACAGGUAAACGGGCUGGAUAACACUUUGUCACAGGCUAGUGGAGAUCCGGGGAACUCUACGGUACCUCUGAGUAACCUUGCCAAUAUAGCAACUUCUGUGGACAUAAUAUCACAUCCCAACAGUAGUAACAGAGCGACAAACUCUGUAACGCCUGAUGAUGUGAUUAACAUCUUCUCCGCCGAACUUAUCCGCGGCCGAACUGUCGGUCGAUCGUUAUCUCUGAGAUCUGAUGAGGCUAUGGCUCUGGCUGCUUCCGUGAUUAAUGGUUUAACAGCCUCAUAUUCCAGGGUCCCAGUGAUAUCGCCAGUCGUCAUGUCCGCCAUCCAUCUGGGAUAUGGGGAGUCGUUCGGUUUCCCAGGUGCUGUGCCAAGUUCGACGACUGUCAAAGUCAGACCAGAUGGUAUAUACACUAUUUACCACGAGUACAAACUCGACUCGGGUAUUCCUAUAAAAACGAUAUACAGCGGGCUCAGAAUCGGUCCGCCGAGUGUUGAUCGCUCUAGUAAUGCAGACAGUAUUGACAACGCCGAUGACAUAGAUGCACUGUCGGAAGCUGAAUUUGAAGCCGGCUUUACAGAAAACCCUGCCUCAGAGGGGAUUUGGAAACAGCGCUACUUGAGGCUGCGAGGACAGAUGCAAAAGCGAGAACGUGCGCUGUCCCAGUAUAAGCGGAAAAUACUUGAAUCAGUCAUGGAAGACAUCUAGCUGUUUAUGAGAUAUGAUUGAUGAUUCAUUGGAUAUACAUGAAGCAUACUUUUUGUUGAAUCUAGCUUUUUUUUUUUUUUUAAAAAAAAAAAAAAAAACAAAUCUUGUUGGUUUUGCAAAUUCGUUCGACAUGAUGAUGGGUGUCUUUUCUGCCUACAUCCCUUGAUGGAUAUUUCUUGGAUGUAUAUACCCGCAUAUUGUAAAUACAAUCAUGGGUACUUUUGUUUUCUCGGGAUUUACUGAUUGUUGAGUGUUCACUACAAGUCGGUUGCAUCGUUUCUAGAAGGACAGCAGAGUUCCUUUUUCCUAUUUUGAAGAGUUAAAGGGUAUUUACUCUCUCCGCUCAAGUACCAUCCCUUUGAAACAUGAAGAGACAUUACCAAGGGCUUGCAAUGCACAAUAAUACGAAUACCAUCUCGCCUUCCCCAUAUGCUCCACAGGAAAGCUAAAGAAAAGCCCAAACCAACAGCCAGUCCAGUCUCUCCGAGAACCAACAUAUCGCCAAAUCGGGAAGGGAAGAAAAAUGAAAUGAAAUGCAAAGCAAAAAGCAAAAGUACCAACGUAACGAUCUAUCAAUCAAUCAACCCCACUUCUCCGUCGACGUAUGUUGGCCAAGCGUAAAUAGAAACAUCGCCCAAGGCCUAUGCGACAUUCUCAUCCUGCGCAACCCCAUAAUCACGUCCGUACAUAGCCUCAUUAAAGAAACUAUUCUCACCGUCAUUCUCAUUGCCGUCAUCGCCAUCGGGCUCCUCCUUAGUAUUCUCGGAUUCAGCGGUUUUGGUGAUGACAACUUGAACAUUGUCCUGGGCGGUGGCGGUCUUCAUUCUUUUCUUUCCGGACUGGAGGGGGUAGUUUUCUUAUCAUUGGCGCUGGCGCUGGUGCUGGUGCUGGUUUCGCCCUUGUUCGGGGAACUUUGGUUGCUGCCAGAUGCGGUGCCGUGGGGAGGGAUAUUAUGGGCCUUCAUGAGGCGUUCGUAGCGCUUGUUGCUGUUUUGUAUACGAUGUUGCAUUCCUUAGCAACUUCGGCGAAAUCAA